AUGAAGUCCCUUCCAUGCCCUGGCUUGACCUGCGAAUCCAACCCCAAGAUUGCGCGGUAUUUGAUGCGGACAUCUGCUUCUGGUGGUGGUGCACCAUCACGCCUUCGAAUUGCGUUGGAUCUUUUCGAGACUCGUUGGAUUUCCCUCAACAAGGAACAGCAACGUAUGGUGCUACGACGCGAGAAUAGCCUUCAGCAAUGGAAGAAUUCUCACUCUCUUGGUUCCGUCUUUUCUGGGUCAUGUUUGCGGAAUGUGGAUACCGCAGACAAUAGCUUGGUCAAGCCUUGUCUACCAUGCAAUGAGCUUCGCCGGCUCCAUACUUUCCAAGUAGCGAUUAAUCGGCCCAUGCCGCAAGAACGUGACAUGAAACAUGUUCCAAAAACCUAUCGCAGUCCUGAGCUCGGGGCGUUGUAUCUCAAGUACCACGGCCUUCGGGAACUGAUGGAAAAUAACGAUGGGCGGUCAUACUUUCUCAAAUUCGCUCAAGGCUGUCUUGAUGGCUCUUACGACUCCGAUAUUCUCCCUGGCAUGGUCAAAGCAAUGGUCAUUAAGCAAACCCGUAUUCAACAGGGCAAAACCCUCAAGAAUAUGAAGUAUCCACCCGAAUUCGACCAGUUUUGUGAUCUUCUUGCAUCAUUAUCACCCUGCACCUAUCGCACAUUCCAAAAGACAUUUGGUGGUCGGGGAAUACGUAGCAUUCGAGAUGUUCGGUCAAAGCUUCCUCAAUUUGCUCCUGGUAUUGUCGGUGCAAAUAUUGAACGGAUCGUUGACAUACUAUUCAAACUGGGUUAUUCUGGCCCUCUAGCCCUCUCCUGUGAUGACACUGCGCUCGAGCCCGCAAUAUCGAUAUAUCAAGAAACGAAGGAUACAUGCUUAAUUCUCGGAUCCAUCAAUGGUCCAAUUCGUGUCGGCGCAAAUGAUGACCUUGAUCUUGUCAUGCAAACCGCUCAACUACAAAAGGCAGAUAAGCUUCGUCUUUGGCUUUUAUCUGUGCUGCUCCCGAAGAUUCCUCCUAUUGUUGUUGCUGCGGUUGCUCGUGGCUCGUCUGUUCCAUCUGAACGACUUGCUGCUAUGCACCAAGAAGUCCUCAACUUACUCCAUGGAGUGGGCAUUCAUCCGACCUCACUUGCUGCCGAUGGUGCUGAUAUCGAACGAUCCGCACAGCGAGUUAUUGCCCAGUCAACAUCUGAUCACCUUCUGUUCUGCAUUCCCAACAUCGUCCCUGGAUGUAGUCUCGACUACAAGGUCCCGCUGGCCUAUGGUGCCUAUCCAUUGGUGACCACUCAGGACUCGAAACACGCCGCAAAGACCGCACGAAAUCAAAUAUAUUCUGGUGCACGUUUGCCUACACUUGGCUUUCAUACCGUACAUUAUUCCAUGAUUCGGGACAUUGCCGAAGAUCCCGAAUCGCCAUUGCUGUCUCAAGAUGUGAAGGGGCUUGAUCGACAAGAUGAUCGAGCUGCUGCUCGUCUUUUCACUUCUGCGACAAUCGAGUUUGUAUCCAAAAACAUCCUGAUCGAUAUGGCCUCGCGUGUUAUCUGUUCGUUCUUGGGGAACUUAUCGAUGCAUGGCAGAAUCGUGGUAUCUCUCAUCGCGAACGUAUCAAAAUGGCUAUUCGAGCUCGGUUUUUCCUGA